AUGGCCCGUGCGCUACCCAGAUUUUCACGUUCGGUCGAAGGCCACAACCACCAACAAGACAAGGAGACAGCCUUGCCACUCCUUGUUCUUGCAGCCUACCGCAAGGCUCUCCACGCGAAGAGCUACGGCACAACUCGACAGAGCACCGGCUCUCCACACCCACAACGACGAGAGCUGCUUGCAGCUUUCUGA